AUGGAUGCGAAACCUUUUCUCUCAGAGCUUCAAAGACAGCCAGAAAACAAAGUCUGCUUUGAGUGCGGAAAGAGGAACCCGAAUCCCGAUUGGGCAAGUGUAACUUAUGGCGUUUGGAUCUGUGUUGAAUGCGCCGGUAAACAUCGUUCUUUAGGUACGCAUAUGUCAUUCGUUCAGUCACUUUCACUUGAUAAAUGGACAGAAGCUAAUAUCGCCAAAAUGAAAGUUGGCGGAAAUUCUAAAGCAAUGAAAUAUUUCCAAAGUAGAGGUAUCGAUAAACUUGAAAUUCAUCAGAAAUAUUCUAAUUCAUUUGCCAAACAGUACGCACAACAGAUUACAGCUGAUUCAAAUAAAAUUUUAGGUAAAAAUUCACCAAAUAUUCCACAAAAAACUCAAGAACCAACAAACACAGUCAUCAAAUCAGUAUCUAGUGGAAACAUUGAUAAAGCAGCUACUAUCAAACGUGAAAAUACACCUGAAGUAAUUAUCGAUCACCAACCAAAACCAAUUCCAAUUCAGACACAGACACAAAGCACUUCUACACCAAACUUUGCUGCUAAGAAAUCUUUUAAGCGCCCAACUAAAAACCAGCGCGGAAAACCAAAGGCUGUUGCAAUAUCAGUAGAAGAUUUUGAUGAUGCCCUCGAACCAUUAUAA